AUGAGUGAAAAACACAUUAAACGAGUCCAAGAGUUCCUACCAAACACAGACUUUAAGGUCAUAUCCCAAGGAGCUGAAGCGCUUGUGUUUCAAACUAAAACCCACCCUUACUCAUCACACCCAUAUUUGAAAAAUCAAAAUCAAUUCAUCAUAAAAUAUAGACCACCAAAACCCUAUAGACACCCCAAAAUCGAUGCUCAAAUCACUAAAACGCGAACGGCAGGAGAGGCUAAGUUCAUGUACAAGUUGAGUAAAUUGGGGAUUGCAUGUCCGGCUUUAAUUUCAUGUGAUUUGAGUAAUGGAAUCAUUUGGAUGGAGAAUUUGGGUAUUGAUUUACCAAAUGGGAAUGUGAGCUCGGUAAAGAACUGGUUUUGGCAUCUUGAAAGAGAAGGAAGCAAAUCUGAUUGCACAGGUGAUAGAGUUAAAGAAAUUUGUUACAAAGUUGGUCAAUUGAUAGGUAAGUUACAUCUAUCAGAUAUGAUUCAUGGUGAUUUGACUACUUCCAAUUUGAUCUUAACAGGAUCGAAAGAGUCAUGGGAGCCUGCUUUGAUAGAUUUUGGACUUUCUUCUUUUUCAGGGUUGGCUGAAGAUAAAGCUGUGGAUUUAUAUGUACUUGAACGGUCUGUUACCAGUACUCAUUCGGUAUUUGCCAAUUUAUACAAUGCAUGGUUGUUAGAAGGGUAUGAGUCUGCUCAUUAUUUGAAAGAGUAUAAGAAGUUCGGAAAGAAUAAGUAUGCCGAAACGUUCAAAAGGUUAGAAGAGGUUAGACUUCGAGGUAGAAAGAGAAGUAUGUUGGGAUAG